AUGAAUCCCGGCGCAACGGGCCACCGACGGCCGGGCGCAUUCUCAUCUCGUCCUGGGUCGUCUCCUAGCAUUGACAGUGACGACUCACCCUCUUCGCCUCCUUCCGCGCGACCUCAAUCGCGUGAACAGAGCUCUCAGCGCCAUCCACAACAUGUGCGACAUGUCCUACCAAAUUCCACCGCCGCGAGUAGCACAACAUCCUUUAGCAACUUUUCGAGGCCAGGCUUUCAUAGGCAAGAAUCGAACGAACCACCGUCACGUCACUCCGGUGGUGAAGUCAAAGGACACAAGCGGCAGCACUCACAAGGUUUCUUUGAGCCUACCCUGCCAUCUGCCACACCAAAUCUGAGUGAUCAGGGCGUCAUGUCAAAUCUCACGGCUUCUCAGAUCGCUGCUCAAGCAGCAAUGCAGCAUCAAUCGCAUAGCAGACAACGCUCGAUAACAAUACCCUCACCUCAGAGUAGCCCUCCAAUAGGCUCAGCAACCGGAACAAUCACAGGCAAGAGAAAGCCACCGCCUAUACAGACAGGGCACAGUGGUGCGGACAGAUCCAAUGGCCCUCCCACAUCAGGGUCGAGACCAUACAAUGGCAGCGUAGGGUCGAAUUCUGCUGCGGCUGCCACAGCUGCCAAUGCUGCAUAUCCUGGCAGACUGUCACCAGGCUUCAUGGGUUAUGAACCGCCUAUACCAGAGAAAGAGCCUAAGCUCAAGGAACAAAAGUCAAAGAUGAAGCUUUUCUCCAAGCCGAAAGACAAGUCGAAUAGGGAUGCCAAUAUAGACAAGCCACUACCUUCACCAAACAAAUUUCCUACUGUUCCAAGCAGUGGUCUUUCUAAGCUGGUCAAUCCAUCUACGACUAGCCUCGCAGACUCAAUUACCUCGGGGGCAUCGCUCUAUUCGCUGAAUACCGGCAACACCUCCACGUCUACGCUAGUUCCGACAGAUCGGCAGAGAGGCGAAGAGAAAGAAAAGCACAAGCAUCACUUCCUAUCUAGACAGAAAAACAAGCUCAGGGACAGGAUUGCUGAUGAUCACACGCUCCUAUUAUCGUCGGCCUCAAGUAAUUCACAGCCAUUGAAUCCAUCGGCGCCGAACACGCUCUACUCUUUUGCCCCUGCUCCAGCAAGCCCUGCGACAACAUCCUUCACAGGCCUCGACCUUCGCCAUGCAGGGAAAGCAGUUCGAGAGAGGAAGAGGGAGGAAAAAUCUCUUCCCUUUGCACCCAAGAUUACCGACAUUGAUAAAAUCGACUUCGCUAUUAACCCCGGCCGCUCGACUCCUGGGCCUUCGCUUUUUGGCCCAUCCACAUCCAAUACGAUAGAACUUCCUAGUGCUGGCGGGGUCAGCUCGAUUCUCAGCAAUCUCCGUCAAGAAGAUGCCUGGGACUUUCUCAAAGCCAAACUCCUCGUCAUCUUCGAAGGAGAGGAAGUCCGCAUCCCUAUUGAAGACCUCAACCGUCUUCUUACGAUGCACAUCCAACGUCGUAUCCGCACGAACAAUCCCACAGGCCUAAUUGAAGACCUUCGCGACUUUCUUUCCGUAGGCUUCAAUUCUGUCGAUCACACUCUCCGCCCUAUAGCAGAAACCCGCCUUGUGCGCGCACUGGUAGAUACCUGGGGCCUCCUCUUCGGCCGGCUCCUCCCAUUCAUCCAAGCGGUCUUCCUCCCUCUCGACCUGGAGUUCAAAGGCCACGGCACCUUCCUCUCCGCCCGUGAGUCCGCCGACUUCUGGGGCGCAGACCCCUCCUCAACCUCAGAAGCCUUCGGCAAUGCCUUCGACGUCCGACGUAUCGUCCUCCUCGCCUACCGCGACACUCUAAUCCUCCCCCGCUAUGACGCGCUUAAAACCACCUUUUCCCGCCUAAGUCUCGAGAGCAUCAAUCCCGCCGCCCAACCCUCACCCAUGGUCGAUUCUUUCGACACGCUCACCUCCUCCUCCACAGCGCGCCCCGGAACCGCCGGCUCCGCCCACGCCGCCCCACCUCUCAGCGAAUCCUAUAAUUCCCAAUCCUCCACCCUCUACGACCCCUCCGACUCCUCCCGCUCGCGCGGUAACUCCAACCUCUCCGCCCCCGAACUCCCCUCCUUCACCACGACAGCCCCGCACUCUACCCUCCCCACCUCUUUCCAAGGCAAACACGCAAAUUCUAACUCUUCCCGGCCUGCGCUGCCGGAUAGUACGCAUGUCACCGACACAGUGGCGAGGAUGCUGCAGUGCGUGUCUGUGCUCGCUAGCACGCAGAGUAAUGAUGAGGCGCAGCGCAAGAUGGAGGAUUUGGCGAGGGCGUUGAAGUUGAAUUGGUUGGGGCGGGGACGGACGGGGAGAAAUCGGAGGGGAAUUGUAGGGGGAAAGGGGGUAUGGUUGGGUUAG